ACUUACUGUUCCGACCAAGGUCGGUAUCCACAGGAGUUUGAAUCUUCGGUUCCUGCUAGGGUCAGCUUGAUCAGCGACGAGAAGCUGACGGUCCAGGAGCUGCGCGGGCGCAGAGCGGCGCCCACACUGCCACCAUGGCCCGAAAUGCAGAGAAGGCCAUGACAGCAUUGGCGAGGUUUCGCCAGGCUCAGCUGGAAGAAGGGAAAGUGAAGGAAAGAAGACCUUUCCUGGCUUCAGAAUGUACAGAGCUGCCCAAAGCUGAGAAGUGGAGACGACAGAUCAUUGGAGAGAUUUCAAAAAAAGUGGCUCAGAUUCAGAAUGGUAACUUCUUGGGAGGUGAAGCAGGAAUGAAAGUUGGCCCUAAAAUGCUAGACCAUGAAGGGAAAGAAGUCCCUGGAAACCGAGGUUAUAAAUACUUUGGAGCAGCAAAGGAUUUGCCUGGUGUAAGAGAGCUCUUUGAGAAAGAACCUCUUCCUCCUCCCAGAAAGACUCGUGCUGAGCUCAUGAAAGCAAUUGACUUUGAGUACUAUGGAUACCUAGAUGAAGAUGAUGGCGUCAUUGUGCCUUUGGAACAAGAAUAUGAGAAGAAACUCAGAGCUGAACUGGUGGAAAAAUGGAAAGCAGAGAGGGAUGCUCGGCUAGCAAGAGGAGAAAAGGAAGAGGAAGAGGAGGAGGAGGAGGAGGAGGAAAUCAAUAUCUAUGCUGUCACCGAGGAGGAGUCUGAUGAGGAAGGUGGCCAGGAGAAAGGAGGGGAGGAUGGGCAGCAGAAGUUCAUCGCUCACGUGCCGGUGCCGUCGCAGCAGGAGAUUGAAGAAGCCCUUGUGCGAAGGAAGAAAAUGGAACUGCUCCAGAAGUAUGCGAGUGAAACCCUUCAGGCCCAGAGUGAAGAAGCCAAAAGGCUCUUGGGCUACUAGGAUGAGCCAGCUACUCCCUGGAGUCUGAAGAACCAGCAGGCAACCUGCCAUCCCUGAGGGAUUCCUGCCCUCAUGGUCACCCCAGCUGCAGUCAGGCCACUGGCACGCAGAGGCCCUGUUCCUCCUUUCUCAUCCUUUAUCCCUCUCAUCUUUCCUUGCCUCCAGGGUUGAUCCAGUGGUAGUGGUCUGUCUUUUGCCUCCCCUCCUA